AUGUCAAUCCAAACUGGGAUGAUAUCUCUCGCUGUCUCUUUCUCUCUCUCUCUUUCUCUACUUCUCUCCCUCCUUCUCUCUCUCUCUCUUGUUUCUCUCUCUUUCGCUCUUCUAUCUCUCUCUCUCUCUCUCUCUCUCUCUCUCUCUCUCUCUCUUUCUCUCUCUGUUCUUUCGCCAAGAAGAUAUAAAACAAACCUCACCUUUCGUUUUACUUUGUCUCUCUUUCUCUCCCACCUUCUCUGUCUGUCCUUCACUUCUCUCUCUCUCUCUCUCUCCUCCCAUCCCUUCACUUUAUCUCUCCCAUCCCGUCCUCUCUUUUAUCCAUUCUUUCUCUACCUUCUCUCUCCUCUCCGUUAUCUGUCUCUCUGUUCCUAUCCUUUUUUUCUCUUUCCCAUCACUUCCUAUUCCCCCUUCUCAUCUUUCUCACUCUCUCCCAAAUGUUCUCUUUCUUCUUUCCUUUUCUCCUAUUCUCUCCCCUCCCUCCCCCCUCUCUCUCUCCUUUUCUCUUUCACAUACCUUCCAUCUCUGUCCCAUCACUUUCCUCCCCCCAGCUUAUCUAACUAUCUCUCUUUCCCGCUCUACAAUUUCUCCUUCCACUUAACAUAUGGAUUAUUUCUGUCACUUAUCGAUGGGGGUCAAGUGACAGUAAACCACCUCAAAUCACCUGCAUUUUUUCGGCCUUCUCACUUGCUCUGA